AUGGGAACACCUCCUCUUGAAGAGUGCACCUGCGGAGCGUGUGUCAAAUUUCAGCCACAAAUCACCAAAACCUUUGUUUGUUUUCAGGCUCAGAAGUUGAAGUCAAACUCGACAGUGGACGGCAUCUUCUGUGACCCUCAGAUCGACGGCCCAAGCUCAUCCAACAGCAUCUCACGGAGCUCCAGCACCCCACCCCAGGCCAGCACCAGCUCUCUGCUGCCCCUGCUGGUGUGGCUGUGGGUGUGCAUGGCUGACAGACAGUUUUAG